AGCAGGCACUCACAAAAAAAAAAGGAGUUAAAGUCAACUCAUAGGAAGGAGGGAGAGAAAACGCCCUGGAAACUUGGUUGAUCGAGAAGUAGGAAAGGAGUGACAGAAUCCUAAUAAACUGCAAAGUUGUGACUGGAAGAAGUGCUUUUCUUCGGCUGAGGAGAAAGGAGAGGACAAGUUUUCAAGGAUGCUCAAGGUGGAUUGAGGCUUCUUGGGCGCAAAGAUUGCGCACAGAAGUCAAAAAAGAAGAACCACAGCAUCAGACUGAAGCCUCUCGGCUUUGCUUGAGCAAUCCGAGGAAAACCAAAAUAGUUUCCAUCACACCAGGGCCUAAGUAGAGGAAGGCAAAAACAAGAUGGCUGAAGAGGAAGAAACCAGGGAGGUCCUCUUUCCAGAUUGGGAGGGUCCAGACAAAACUGGCUUGACUAUUGAACAGAAAAGUGGGGGAGAGAUCUUUGUUAAGGAAGUAAAAGGAGAGUCACCUGCAGCACGGUCUGGAAAAGUAUAUGAAGGUGACCAGAUUGUGGGUGCCACUAUCUACUUUGAUAACAUGAGCUCAGAAGAAACAGCUGAGCUACUGAAGACACUAAACCGCCACAAGGUUGGACUGAAACUACAAAAUAAAGGAGAAAAAUCCCCUUACUGUUCUCCUUCGAGCACACCGUGUCGUUCACCAAUAGGCACAACGACCCGGUUUGGAGGUUCCAGUCCAGACAUUAUCCUUAGUGGGGAUGAUGAGGACUACAGGAGAAUAUAUACAAAAAAGAUUAAACCAAGGCUGAAAUCUGAAGACCUUGCAGAGGGAGUAGACGUUCGCACAGAGCGCCACAGCAGCACAAGCAGUGAUGGCAGCACAAUUACUACCAUCACCCGCCGCAUUACUACCUACACUGUGGAUGUGCCAAGUGGCAUAAGUGAGCAACUCGAACUUUCAAGCCCAGAGUUCAAGGGGCUAAGGCAUGAAACUGGAGAUGCCUCUUCUCAUAUCAGAAUCUCGCAUGGCAGCCCUUCAGGUAAAGAGGGAGCAGAAGAGGGAGUUUUUGAGUCAAGCAAUAUCUCCUACACUGGGCCACAUGUUAGCUCCACAGAGACACAAAGGGGCAGUACAGGUUUUAAGACCACAACAACAACAACAACAACAAGAGAGGUAGCAAAAGAAAGAGGUACAGGUCUCAAAUUCAAAGAGCCUAACCUUGGAGUAACAGGGGGUAAAGGCCAGACAGGCCUUGAAAUCUCAAGAGGGAAUGGAGAGCAGGAAGACGGGAAGUUUCAGGUGUCAGAAACAAGCAUGAUGUUAAGAGACAGCACACACGCUGCUGGUAAGCAAGUUAAAAUAGGAGGGUUUGGAGUUACAGAGGAGAGAAGUGAUGACACCAGAUUAGGUGACAGAACUAAGGUUAAAGUAUCCGAAUUUACCAUCAGUCAUCCGCAGGCAAAAGGAUCAGGCAGUGUCAAUAUUUCAAAUGUCAGACUUGGUGGAGGUUUCAUAGAUAUUGAUACUGAAUUGAGAGGUGGCAGGACAGGAGGUUCAGUUAUAGCAGUAGGCAGUGAGACAUCAGGGCAUGCCCCAGGACUAGAUAAGACUUCAAUGACAGGGGUGGAUGUCAACCUUACAAGUUCAAAAUUGAAAGGUGAGGUUGAUGCCAACCUGCCAGACACAAAGGGAGAAAUAAAGGUAUCUGAAAUAGAUACUGAUAUUCCAGGCUAUGAGACUGAAGGCACUGUGAGUGGUAUAAAAAUAUCAACAACUGAGAUACCUGGAAACGUUAAAGGUCCAGAGGUAAAUAUUGAAGGGGGAAAAUGGGAUUCCAGAAUGCCUCAGAUAAAAAUACCAUCAUAUGGGGGCAAAGCUCCUGAGGUUUCUAUCACAGGCCCUGAUAUUUAUGUUGAGGGCUCCAAAAGUGAAAUUAAAAUUCCUAAAGUUAAAAUGCCAUCAUUUGGCAUAAACAUUCCAAAUGUAGAAGGCCCAGAUGCUGAUAUAAACCUUACCAAAGAAAACAUGAAAGGGCCUAAUGUUGACAUCAAACUACCAAAACCUGACACCGAAGGGAUGAAGAAAAAAUCGAAGGGACCCCAAAUCAACAUGCCAACUAUUUCAGGACCAAACAUUUCCAUUUCAGAUGUGGAUGUCAACCUGAAAGCACCAAAAGUCAAAGGUGACAUGGAUAUGUCUCAACAAAUUGAAGGAGACAUUAAACCAGCUGAAGUUGACAUCAAAGGUCCGGACACUGAUAUCCAGAUGCAUGAGGGUGGAAUUGAAAUUCCAAAAAUCAAAAUACCAAAAUUUGGCAUAAAGCCUUCAGAGACUAAGGGUCCGGAUGUUGAUGUAAAACUUCCCAAGGGUAGCAUUGAUGUUAAGGCACCUGAAGUUGACAUCCACGGACCAGAGCUUGAUGUUAAAGGUCCAGAUGCAAAACUCAAAGGAUCCAAAUUCCAAAUGCCAACAGUGUCAGGACCCAAACUGCCAGACUGGGAUAUUACUCUGAAAGGGCCCAAAAUUAAGGGAGAUGCUGAUGUGUCAGUUCCAAAGAUUGAGGGUGAAAUCCAGUCUCCCAAGCUUGACAUUGAAGGACCAGAUGUUAAUAUCGAUGGGUCCAAAGGAGGAUUUAAAAUGCCUAAAUUUAAAAUGCCACAUUUUGGAGGAAAAGGUGCAAAACUGGAGGGACCAGACAUUGAUGUCAGUCUUCCAAAACCGGAUAUUGACCUCAAAGCCCCUGAAGUGGAUAUCAAAGGACCACAUGUUGACAUUGAAAGUCCAAGUGGUAAAAUGAAAGGACCCAAAAUUAGCAUGCCCACCAUUUCAGGACCAUCUUUUUCACUUCCAGAAGUAGAUUUCAAUAUGAAAGCUCCAAAAAUCAAAGGUGAAGUGGACAUGUCCAUUCCAAAGAUUAAGGGAGACAUUAAAACACCCGAUCUUGACAUCAAAGGUCCAGAGGUCGACAUCCAUGGGCCUAAGGGUGGAAUUCAAAUGCCUAAAAUCCAAAUGCCAUCACUUGACAUCAAUGUCCCAAAACUGGAGGGUCCAGAUGUUGAUAUAAAACUUCCCAAGGGUGGCAUUGAUGUUAAGGCACCUAAAGUUGGCAUUAAGGGACCAGAAAUUGAUGUUGAAGGUCCUGAUGCAAAACUCAAAGGACCCAAAUUCCAAAUGCCCAGCAUUUCAGGACCCAAGCUGCCUGACUGGGAUAUUAAUCUGAAAGGGCCCAAAAUUAAGGGAGAUGCUGAUGUGUCAGUUCCGAAGAUUGAGGGUGAAAUCCAGUCUCCCAAGCUUGACAUUGAAGGACCAGAUGUUAAUAUCGAUGGGUCCAAAGGAGGAUUUAAAAUGCCUAAAUUUAAAAUGCCACAUUUUGGAGGAAAAGGUGCAAAACUGGAGGGACCAGACAUUGAUGUCAGUCUUCCAAAACCGGAUAUUGACCUCAAAGCCCCUGAAGUGGAUAUCAAAGGACCACAUGUUGACAUUGAAAGUCCAAGUGGUAAAAUGAAAGGACCCAAAAUUAGCAUGCCCACCAUUUCAGGACCAUCUUUUUCACUUCCAGAAGUAGAUUUCAAUAUGAAAGCUCCAAAAAUCAAAGGUGAAGUGGACAUGUCCAUUCCAAAGAUUAAGGGAGACAUUAAAACACCCGAUCUUGACAUCAAAGGUCCAGAGGUCGACAUCCAUGGGCCUAAGGGUGGAAUUCAAAUGCCUAAAAUCCAAAUGCCAUCACUUGACAUCAAUGUCCCAAAACUGGAGGGUCCAGAUGUUGAUAUAAAACUUCCCAAGGGUGGCAUUGAUGUUAAGGCACCUAAAGUUGGCAUUAAGGGACCAGAAAUUGAUGUUGAAGGUCCUGAUGCAAAACUCAAAGGACCCAAAUUCCAAAUGCCCAGCAUUUCAGGACCCAAGCUGCCUGACUGGGAUAUUAAUCUGAAAGGGCCCAAAAUUAAGGGAGAUGCUGAUGUGUCAGUUCCGAAGAUUGAGGGUGAAAUCCAGUCUCCCAAGCUUGACAUUGAAGGACCAGAUGUUAAUAUCGAUGGGUCCAAAGGAGGAUUUAAAAUGCCUAAAUUUAAAAUGCCACAUUUUGGAGGAAAAGGUGCAAAACUGGAGGGACCAGACAUUGAUGUCAGUCUUCCAAAACCGGAUAUUGACCUCAAAGCCCCUGAAGUGGAUAUCAAAGGACCACAUGUUGACAUUGAAAGUCCAAGUGGUAAAAUGAAAGGACCCAAAAUUAGCAUGCCCACCAUUUCAGGACCAUCUUUUUCACUUCCAGAAGUAGAUUUCAAUAUGAAAGCUCCAAAAAUCAAAGGUGAAGUGGACAUGUCCAUUCCAAAGAUUAAGGGAGACAUUAAAACACCCGAUCUUGACAUCAAAGGUCCAGAGGUCGACAUCCAUGGGCCUAAGGGUGGAAUUCAAAUGCCUAAAAUCCAAAUGCCAUCACUUGACAUCAAUGUCCCAAAACUGGAGGGUCCAGAUGUUGAUAUAAAACUUCCCAAGGGUGGCAUUGAUGUUAAGGCACCUAAAGUUGGCAUUAAGGGACCAGAAAUUGAUGUUGAAGGUCCUGAUGCAAAACUCAAAGGAACCAAAUUCCAAAUGCCCAACAUUUCAGGACCCAAGCUGCCUGACUGGGAUAUUAGUCUGAAAGGGCCAAAAAUUAAGGGAGAUGCUGAUGUGUCAGUUCCAAAGAUUGAGGGUGAAAUCCAGUCUCCCAAGCUUGACAUUGAAGGACCAGAUGUUAAUAUCAAUGGGUCCAAAGGAGGAUUUAAUAUGCCUAAAUUUAAAAUGCCACAUUUUGGAGGAAAAGGCGCAAAACUGGAGGGACCAGACAUUGAUGUCAGUCUUCCAAAACCGGAUAUUGACCUCAAAGCCCCUGAAGUGGAUAUCAAAGGACCACAUGUUGACAUUGAAAGUCCAAGUGGUAAAAUGAAAGGACCCAAAAUUAGCAUGCCCACCAUUUCAGGACCAUCUUUUUCACUUCCAGAAGUAGAUUUCAAUAUGAAAGCUCCAAAAAUCAAAGGUGAAGUGGACAUGUCCAUUCCAAAGAUUAAGGGAGACAUUAAAACACCCGAUCUUGACAUCAAAGGUCCAGAGGUCGACAUCCAUGGGCCUAAGGGUGGAAUUCAAAUGCCUAAAAUCCAAAUGCCAUCACUUGACAUCAAUGUCCCAAAACUGGAGGGUCCAGAUGUUGAUAUAAAACUUCCCAAGGGUGGCAUUGAUGUUAAGGCACCUAAAGUUGGCAUUAAGGGACCAGAAAUUGAUGUUGAAGGUCCUGAUGCAAAACUCAAAGGACCCAAAUUCCAAAUGCCCAGCAUUUCAGGACCCAAACUGCCAGAUUGGGAUAUUAGUCUAAAAGGGCCCAAAAUUAAGGGAGAUGCUGAUGUGUCAGUUCCAAAGAUUGAGGGUGAAAUCCAGUCUCCCAAGCUUGACAUUGAAGGACCAGAUGUUAAUAUCGAUGGGUCCAAAGGAGGAUUUAAAAUGCCUAAAUUUAAAAUGCCACAUUUUGGAGGAAAAGGUGCAAAACUGGAGGGACCAGACAUUGAUGUCAGUCUUCCAAAACCGGAUAUUGACCUCAAAGCCCCUGAAGUGGAUAUCAAAGGACCACAUGUUGACAUUGAAAGUCCAAGUGGUAAAAUGAAAGGACCCAAAAUUAGCAUGCCCACCAUUUCAGGACCAUCUUUUUCACUUCCAGAAGUAGAUUUCAAUAUGAAAGCUCCAAAAAUCAAAGGUGAAGUGGACAUGUCCAUUCCAAAGAUUAAGGGAGACAUUAAAACACCCGAUCUUGACAUCAAAGGUCCAGAGGUCGACAUCCAUGGGCCUAAGGGUGGAAUUCAAAUGCCUAAAAUCCAAAUGCCAUCACUUGACAUCAAUGUCCCAAAACUGGAGGGUCCAGAUGUUGAUAUAAAACUUCCCAAGGGUGGCAUUGAUGUUAAGGCACCUAAAGUUGGCAUUAAGGGACCAGAAAUUGAUGUUGAAGGUCCUGAUGCAAAACUCAAAGGACCCAAAUUCCAAAUGCCCAGCAUUUCAGGACCCAAGCUGCCUGACUGGGAUAUUAGUCUGAAAGGGCCCAAAAUUAAGGGAGAUGCUGACAUGAAAGGACCAAAAUACAGGACUGAUGCUGAUGUGGCCAUGUCUGCUCCUACCAUCACUGUUGAAGGUGGAAAGACAGGUGUUACCUUUCCCAAGUUCAAAGGUCCUAAAUUUGGAAUGAAAUCCCCUGAAAAGGAGGGACACCUUAAAACUCCUACCUUUACUGCAGGAUCAAAAGUUUCCAAAACAGAAGUUGGUCUCCCUGAUACUGAAGCAAGUCUGGAUGCCCCUGAUAUCAACAUCAAUGUAAAGGGGAAAAAAGGUAAAUUUAAACUUGCCAAAGGCAAAGCAAAGGCAAAGACACCCAAUGUUCACUUAGAAGCACCAGCAGUAGACCUGGAUUUAGAAACCCCUGAUAUUCAUGUCAAAGGAACAAAGGCAAAGAAGACUCUUUUUGGUAAGCUUAAUUUUCCAGAUGUGGAAUUCGAUAUCAAGUCACCAAAAUUGAAAGGCGAUGGAUCUUUAUCAGAGGGACUGAAAUCACCUGAUCUAGAUUUGCCUUCAGCUAGCUUGAACGCUGCCAUUGAGGGAUCUGGUACUGACACUGCAAAUGUUAGUCUGCAAGGGCCAGAUGUGAAAUUAAAGCCUCCUAAUAUUAAAAUGUCAAAUGUCAAAGGUGGUGCUGAGAUUCAUACAAAUGUUUCAGGGGACACUGCAAUUGGUGGCCUUCAAUACUCAGAGGGUACAGUAACAUUCUCCAAAGGCAAAAUACCAAAGUUUGGUAUUGCUUUGCCUCAGAUGGAAGGCCAGGAAAGUGGAGAAAAUCGUGAAUCAGGCCUUUCAGGUAGUGGAGGCAUAAACAUACAGUCUCCAUCUAUUAGUUGCCAAACAGGUUCACAAAAUAUCAAGGUUCCCAGUCCAGAAGUGAGGCAUAGUGAAGGUAAAGUAAAGGUAAAAGUGCCAAAAUUAUUUGGUAAAUCAAAAGCAAAGGGCAGUAGUGCAGGUGACCUUCAGGGACCAGAUGUAGAACUGAGUGGUAGUGGAAAUGCUGGUAAGGUCUCUCAAGAACUAAGUGUACAUACUGGGGAGCUGGUAGGUGGAAAUUUUGAAUUAGAGGGUGAGCCUAAGCUCAGCGUGUCAACUAAAGGCAAAUCAGCUUCACUUGAUUUCUUUAAGAAAUCGAGGCAUUGGUCUUCUUCUCUGAGUGAUGAGGGAGGGCUUGCAGCAAGUUCUCCUUCAGGUCACUUAGAAGCUGAGGGUGGCGACAUUUCAUUAGACCUAGGAGGAAGCAAGGUAAAAGGAAAGAAAGGCAAGUUGAAGUUUGGCACUUUUGGAGGUUUUGGUUCAAAGUCAAAGGGCUCAUAUGAAGUGUCACUUGGUGAGGAUAAUGAAGCAAGAGUAGAGGGAAGUACAGGUGUGUCUCUACCCUCUAAAAAAUCAAGAUUGUCUUCAUCUUCCAGCAGUGACAGUGGUUCAAGAGGUGGUUUUAAGCUGCCAAAAGUUGAACUAAAUGUUUCUCCAAAAAAUGACUAAUUAUGAGGAAAAUUGAACUCUCUCAUGUACCCUCAAAUACAUUCUCCUGUUAUGGUCAAUUCUUCAAACUGUAGCUCUUUAAAAAUCAGGGGGAAGUUCAUAGUCACCUCAUUAUCAUUAAUAACGAGUAAUUCUUUUUUCAGUAAUCAGACAGGAAUGCAUGAGAUUGUUUAAUAUCCCUUCAGAUUGUAAAUAUGAUGAAUUUGUAUUGUAUUAAUAAAUACUGUUUUUGUACAUAGACCAAAAUUAUUGAAAAUCUGCUAUCAUAAAAUUUUUACCAAUAGUUUAUUCAGAUUUUGUGUUGUCCUGUUCCAUUCUAUCAAAUGAAUGUUGUUAAUGAACAGGUGUGGUGUAUUUGUAUCCAGGGGUUUAUUGAACAGAACAGAUUGUUAAAAUAGUUAUUUUGAAGGAACACGUUGUUUAUACACCCAGACACAAAUAUAAACACUUUUUUGUAUGAAAUGAUUUUAUUUUCAAGCUUUGAUAUUAUAUAUUCACUGCAGAAGCAGUAUAUGCAACAUAAAGCUGGCCCUUCAUAACACAUUCUAAAGAGUGAUUAUGUUGUAUAUACAGUACCAUAAUUGCAAAGACAAUCAUUGUUUGGAAACUAUCAGCUCUCUUAAUUGCUGUCAGUAUUUUUCUCUUCAUUUUAAGAAAAUUCAUUCAUCCUUAAGUUCUGUGCCUUUUACAAAAAAUAUGCAUUUGCUAAAUUUGUUUUCAACAUAUUUCGUUUCCUAAUCAUGUCACUUUUAUUCUUAUCUGUUGUAUGAUCCUCGCUCUCUUUUAAUUUCAUUUGUACACACUCCUUAUGAUUACAUAAAGCAAUAUCACAAAUAAACUGUCACAUUUUUGUCAUUUGCAAAAACAUAUUUGUGUUGAUAGAGAGUUGCACAGUUUUGAUCAGAUAUGAUGGAGAUAGAAUUUUAUUUUUUGGGUGUUUUGUGUGCAUUCUGCU